GCUGGUGACGCCCAUUUGCAGCCGUCGCCCGCCCCGGCUGCUGGAUCGGAUCCUCCCUCCUGAGCGUCAAGAUUGCCAGGCUGGAUGUAGGAUCAGCACCGCUAUUGAAGACUACCGCAACAGAUGUCUGAGAGCUAGCCAGCUAAGUAGAGGACUUCCCUCUCUGCCGGUGUCUUCCACCUGCAGCCAUGAAUGGUGGAGCCAAUGUGUGGGCCAUCACUCCAGAGGAAAGGGGGAAACAUGACAAACAGUUUGACACCCUCGCCCCUGUCCUUGGCUAUGUCUCAGGAGAACAAGCCAGAAAAUUCUUCCUCCAGUCUGGCCUACCUGCUUCUGUCCUCGCUGAAAUCUGGAAUCUAGCUGACAUAGACAGUGAUGGGAAGAUGGACAGACUGGAGUUUUCCAUCGCUAUGAAGCUCAUCAAACUGAAGCUUCAGGGGCGGAACUUACCCUCUGCUCUACCAAUAAUCAUGAAGCAACCUCCUGUCUCCAACUCUGUGUCGAACAUCCCAUCAUCUGCACGUUUUGGAAUGGGUUCUAUGCCGAACCUUUCUGUCGGUCUGUCAUCUAUGUCAGCUAUGUCAGCCAUGCCCAUACUAACCCCCAUCACGGGUAACCCCCCCAUGCCGUCCGUACAACCCCUGAUACCAGCGCCAAUGACUCUACCCCUCAUCACCUCCUUGGGGAACUCGGGACUCCCCAACGGCAAUGUCAACCUCCUCACCUCGCCUCUCGUUCCCAACACUGCAGGGCUACCUAUGUCUGGCUUCUCCUCUCCAAUGGCGUUUUCUCCGACCACUGGCAUGUCUAAAGCCAACUCUCUCCUGGACUUAGGAUCCAGCAGUUCGAAUUCUUCAUCCACCACGUCUUUGGCUAGUAACUCUCCUAAGACGGGGGCAGGUGAUUGGGCCGUUCCGCAGAACUCGAGACUCAAGUACCGUCAACAGUUCAACACGCUGGACAAGCUCAUGAGUGGCUACUUGUCAGGACCUCAGGUUAGAAAUGCACUGAUGGCAUCCAACCUGACCCAGACUCAGCUAGCUACCAUCUGGACUUUGGCCGAUGUGGAUAAAGAUGGUCAACUGAGAGCUGAUGAGUUCAUUCUAGCCAUGCACUUGGUGGACAUGGCUAAAACAGGCCGCCCUCUACCUCUCACACUGCCUCAAGACCUGAUACCCCCUUCACUCAGAGGAGGAAUCAAGUCCACUGAGCUUGUUAAUGGAACCGGACCUUACAUAACACCCUGUUUAAUAGACACAACUGAGAUAGAGCCUCCACAAAAGACCAAGAGUUCUGUAUCCUUUGAGGACAAACUGAAGGAAAACUUUGCGCGAGGCAGUGCUGAGCUGGAGAAACGACGGCUGGCGCUGGAGGAAGAACAGAGGAAGGAGAGGGAGAGGAGAGAAAGGGAGGAGAGGGAGGCUCAUGAACGUAGGGAGAGGGAGGCCAGGGAGCAGGAAAACAGGAGGAGAAUGGAGGAGGAGAGGCGACUAGAGAGGCAGAGAGAGAUGGAGAGGCAGAGGGAGGAGGAGAGGCUGAGGGAGCUAGAGAGGAAGGAGGCAGCGAAGCAAGAGUUGGAACGCCAACGGAGGGAGGAGUGGGAGCGUGGGAAGAGAGAGGAGCUGGGCAGGAGGAGAGAGGGAGAACAGGAAGAAAUCACUCGACUCAGGGCCAAAAAGAAGAGUCUGGAGUUGGAGCUGGAGGCUGUGGGCAACAAGCACAAGCAGAUUUCGGAUCGUCUCCGCGAUGCCCAGAGCAAGAGGCGGAUUCAGAAAGCUGAAGUGGACCUCAUCAAUCAGAAGAGGGAUACUCGUAUCGCCGAAAUCAACAAUCUGCAGCUACAGUUUGAGGACUGGCAGAGGAAACUAUCACAGCUGGUCCCAGAACAACAGAGGCUGACGGAGAAGCUGCGGAACAUCAGCCUCAACAAAGUCUCAUCGGGGGCUUUGACCUCUCUCACUGGGAGUGUGACAGAGAAGGGUGUGAACUGCAGGAGACUUAAGGACCAGCUCGAUGCUCUGGAGAGGGAAACCACUGACAAGCUGGCAGAGAUGGAGCAGUAUAACAAGGAGCUUAAGCUCGGGGAUAUGGAUGACUGUGUCCUGCGGGGCCUUCUGUCUCUGCUAGCCUGCCUCAGUCAGCUCUUCCUUCUCAUCAAGGAGCUGAGGGAGAAGCAAGUAAAGCAGCAGACUGUCCUGGACGACCUGUACAGAGUCAAAGACGACAAACUGAGGGAGCUACAGAAACGCAGGGAGGAGGAGAGGGAAAGGAGGAGGAGGGAGGAAGAAGAGGCGGCACGACAGGCCAAGCUAGAGCAAGAAAGAAGAGAGCAGGAGCGCAGGGAGCAGGAGAAGAGGGAAAAGGAGGAAGAGGAGGCCCGACAGAGGAGGCUGGUGGAGGAGCAGAGGGCCCGGCAGAGGGAGGAAGAGGAGAGGGAGGCGCAAGCUCGCCUUCGUGCCGCCCAGGAGAAAGCACAAGAAGAGGAGAGGAGGAGGAGAGAGGAGGAGGAGAAGCAAAAGAGGCAGGAGGAAGAGGAGAGGAAACGGAAAGAGGAGGAGGAGGAGGCGAGAAGGAGAAAAGAGGAGCAAGACAGAGUGCAGCAGGUGUCGGUGGCGCCUCAGCGGUCGCCCAAACUGACCACGUACAAAGCUCUGUACUCGUUUGUGGCUCGAAACGCAGACGAGCUGAGCAUUGAUGCAGACUGUCUCAUAGAGGUGGAUGAGCAGACGGUCGGCGAGCCUGGCUGGCUGUGUGGCAGUUACCGUGGAAACAGGGGCUGGUUCCCUCAGAGUUAUGCAGAGAAAUGUACCGUCCCAGGCGCCACAGAGACCUCCCCGUCCUCACCACGGCAACCCUCCUCUUUACCACAGCCACUUAUCACAGGAGUCCCAGAAGUGGAGCUAAUAGGCAACAGCACUGUGCCCGAUCAAUCCGAUGCUUCACAGGCAUCAUUCCCAUUACUGGCUCGAGCCCUCUCCUCAUGGUCAGCUACGUCAGAAACGAACCUCAACCUCUCCGCCGGUGAUGUCAUCACCGCACUGCUGAGCUUCUCGCAGGGUGACAUCAUCAACGUGCUUCAGCAGAGGGACGAGUGGUGGUUGGGACAGCUCAACGGGACGCAGGGAUGGUUUCCGAAGAGCUACGUCGCUGUGGAAGCAGGAGGCAGUGCAGACGUGGAUUUGUUUGACACAUCUGACUCUAUUCAGCUGGAGGAAUACGUUGCCCUGUACACAUACGAAAGCCCUGAGGUGGGAGACUUGACGUUUGUUGAAGGGGAUGUUGUUAUGGUGACGGAGAGAGAGGGAGAGUGGUGGCGAGGAUGUAUCGGGGACCAGACGGGUGUUUUCCCUUCAAACUACGUACGACCUGUCGAACCAGAGGUGACAAGAGCUGGGGUUCCAACCAAAAAGCCAGAGAUCGCUCAGGCAGUCACCGCCACCCUUUCCCCAAAGAUGCAUCAGCUGUGUCUGUCUCCAGGGCAACUGAUUGUGGUCCUGGCCAAGAACUCUGCUGGUUGGUGGCUCGGGGAACUGCAGGCUCGUGGGAAGAAGCGGCAGAGAGGCUGGUUUCAUUCCUCUAACGUCAAACUCCUGGGUCCGUCCAGCAGCAAGUCGUCACCGUCGCCUCUGCCAGUUUGCCAAGUUAUCGCCAUGUACGAUUACACCGCCGCCAAUCGGGACGAGCUGAGCUUCUCCAAGGGUCAGCUGAUCAGCGUCCUGGACAAGACCAACCCUGAUUGGUGGAAAGGAGAAGCCAAUGGGGUCACAGGCCUGCUACCCACCAAUUACAUCAAGAUGACGACAGAGUCCGACCCCAGCCAGCAAUGUUCAGUAGAUUCCCAAUCCAUGUCAGAGCAUGGAGAGACUGACGGGUGUGCUGACCUGAUGACCCUGGACACCAUGACCCCUCAGGAGAGGAAGAGGCAGGGUUACAUCCAUGAGCUCAUCCAGACUGAGGAGACGUAUGUGGAAGACCUGGAGCUGGUGCUGGAGGUCUUUUACAAGCCCAUGUCUGAGUCCGGCCGUCUGACAGAAGCUGAGAUGGGCGUCAUCUUUGUCAACUGGAGGGAACUGAUUAUGUGUAACACCAAACUACUCAAAGCCCUGCGAGUCCGUAAGAAGACAGGUGGAGAGAACAUGCCGGUCCAAUUAAUCGGAGACCUUUUAGCCUCGGAGCUCGCACACAUGCAGCCUUAUAUCCGAUUCUGCUCCUGCCAGCUCAACGCUGCUGCCCUGCUGCAGAGCAAAACCCACAACCAGCCCGACUUUAAAGACUUCCUCAAGAAAAUAGCCACCAACUACCGCUGUAAAGGAAUGCCACUAUCCAGCUUCCUCCUGAAGCCGAUGCAGAGGAUCACACGGUAUCCACUGCUCAUAAAGAACAUCCUUGAACACACUCCAGAUGGUCACGCAGACCGCGGCCCCCUCCGAGACGCUCUGGAUCGAGCUGAGGAGCUGUGUUCCCAGGUCAACGAAGGGGUCAGGGAGAAGGAGAACUCGGACCGGCUGGAGUGGAUACAGAGCCACGUCCAGUGUGAGGGACCCAUAGAGCACUUGGUCUUCAACUCGCUGACUAAUUGCCUCGGGCCUCGCAAGCUACUUCACAGCGGUCGACUGUAUAAAACCAAGAGCAGCAGGGAGCUGUGGGCUUUCCUCUUCAAUGAUUUCCUGCUCCUCACACACAGCGCCAAACCCUUCUCGUCUUCAGGACCAGACAAGCUGUUCAGCCCCAAAACCAACAUACAGCUGAAGAUGUACAAAACACCUUUGUUUUUGAAUGAAGUUUUGGUGAAAAUGCCCCCUGACCCAUCCAGUGAUGAACCGCUGUUUCAUGUAUCCCACAUCGACCGUGUCUAUACACUGAAAACAGAGACCCUAAAUGAAAGGACAACAUGGGUCCAGAAAAUUAAAGCAGCAUCUGAACAUUUUAUAGAGACUGAGAAGAAAAAGAGAGAGAAGGCCUACCAAGCUCGUUCCUUAAAGAGCAGCGGUAUCGGCCGACUACUGGUGACGGUCACCGAGGCUCAGGAGCUGAAGGCCUGUAAACCAAACGGUAAGAGUAAUCCAUACUGUGAACUGACCAUGGGGGCUCAGUGCUACACCUCAAGGCCGAUCAGCGACACAUUGAACCCAAAGUGGAACUUCAACUGUCAGUUUUUUAUCAAAGACCUGUAUCAGGACGUCCUGUGUAUCACUGUGUUUGAGAAAGACCAGUUCUCACCAGAUGAUUUUCUAGGUCGCACUGAAGUUCCUGUGGCAACGAUAAAGAAAGAGAUGGAGAGCAAAGGAGCCGCCAACCGCCGCCUCCUGCUGCAUGAAGUCCCCACAGGAGAAGUCUGGGUCAAACUAGACCUGCAGCUUUAUGAGCCAAGCAAAUGAGAAAAAACCCCACUGAAAAACACUUCCUCAGGCACACACACACAUGCAUUUUAAGCCAAUCCAUUUUGUAUGUGCUUAAAUGCACCGAAAAGCUUCUAUUUAUACCAGAGGAUGCAGUUUAAAAGGUUCUACUGUGAGUCAUUCCGUGACAUUUAAGUGAUCAAAACAUCAUCCGAGGUAGUAAUUUAUUGUUACAAAAGGGCAUCAACAAACCUAAUUCAACUGCCAAAACCCAUGUUCACCACUUUAAGAAAUAAUUUGUGAAAAACAUGCCUUAAAUGAUAACCAGCUAGAUUUUCUAAAAA